CAUUUUUAUUCCAUGACGAAAAUUAUUUCGAUUACAUUUGCGGCUGAGGCAAUGAACGCAACUGGAUAUGACUAUCAUAAAGGAAAUUUCUAUCUGUGUCUUGAAUGGAAAUUCCACGGACAGUCAGGUUGCUGGAAGGUCUCUGCGCAGUGCUAAAGCUGAAGUGGUGUACAUAAAUCUAUGUACCAAUGUAUCUACAUAUAGAGUUGCGUUCUGACAAGCUGAAGUUUGUCUUUCUACCGCCGACGGCGCUGAGAUAGGAAAUCUUCCAAUCUUACAUUGCUGAUCCCUGCUGUACUAUUGUAAAGCACUGUAAAGCACCACUUGUCGGCGCGACGUGUGAAUUAUUAAACAGAAGUGCUUUUUAAUUCUGUCUACCAUUAUUUACGUAUAAUAUGCAGGUCUAUUAACCGAGUUCGUGAAAAAUUGUUAGUGUUUUCUAUUUUUGUUACUAAAUAAAAAUGGAACGCUAUCAUAUACAAGAAGCAUUUACGGUUUUAAAGCCACUCUGUGAUCGUUUGAUGAAAAAUCCAAAUGUAAACAACGCACGCAAUGUUGCAAUUGCUUCAACAAGCAUUUCCGAUAAAGUUAUUCAAGAUUUAUUAGAAUAUAUCUUAUUUCCUCUAAUUACUCAUUUGCCAAAUGAAUCGUUGAGAAGAAAUGUGAAAGAAGAAUUAGUGAAAACAAUGCAAACGAUAUUAUCAAGAGUAAAGAUAUCUAAAUUGGAAUAUUUUAAUAAUUUGUACUCCUGUCUCUUGAUACAAAUAUAUGAUUCAACUCAACCAAAUAUGGUGAUCUUAGGCCAUGAAGAAUUAAAAGAAGCUGUACUGUUAUGCAUUAAAACCUUGAUACAGUCAUGUUUUACAGAAGUUAUAGAAUCACUGUAUGUAAGAAAAAAUGCCUCGAAGGUAGGUCAGGGAAUAUUAUUAUCUAUAACAAUAGGCAGAACAGAAAAAUCAAACUCACUCAGAUUACAUGCGGUGGAGACAGUAAUGGCUCUAUGUCAAGUUGAUGAUCAAUCAGACAGAUAUGAUAUUAUACUACAAGAUCAAGUAGCUGAAAUUAUUAUGUUAUUUUUACCUGGUAUUGCAAGUGGACUGCUGGAAAUAGUUAUAGGUAGUGAGAUACAAGGACAUAGACUAACAAUGUUGGCAUUGAGGGCUUGGGGUAGAGUAAUUUCACUUGUAAUGAAAGAUAAAUUGGAAGACGCUACACCAUCAUUAGAUAUUCUUAUGAAACCACAUAACGACACCUUUAUUAAUUCUUCAAAAGGUUUGGCACAAAUAAUUGAUAAUAGUGAAAUAUGGAAACACCUUCAAAGCACAGUAAGAAACAAAGAAUGGUUUGAUGCUAGUGCAACAAAACUUAAUGUACUUGUGCAACAGUUAGAUGUGUUGAAGAAGCAUUCUCACUGGGAAGUCAGAAAGGAAUUAAUUGCCACAAUUUCUCUGUUGCUCACCACAUGUCCUAGAAACAUGAAACCAAAUGUUAUGUUAUUAAUUGAGUAUCUAAUAUCUCUAUCUGAAGAUGAAUUUCCAGAAAUUCAAGAGGAAGCUGAAAAAGCAUUAAAUGUAAUUACUGUAAGCUAUAUGCAAAAUAGGAAUAUGAAGCCCUUAGUGGAACUAUUGGAAGAAAGUUUUUAUAACUUACUUACAAAAUUACCUAGGAUUAUCAGGAGGUUUGAUGAUAGUGAUCAGUUAUCUUGCUUAAAUCAAAUUGCGGGUUAUUUGAAACUUCUUGGAGAACAAAGAUUACCUUGCAUCAUGAUGUCUUCAUCGCAUGUAAGAAGGUUGCUCUUAGCACUUGUAUAUGUAUCCGAAAUAGACUGCAGCAAUAUAUCCAUUUUGCAAAUUGCAAAUGUUAAAGACUUGGAAGAUCCAGCUUAUUAUUAUGGGUCACACUUAUGGAGAAGAUUUAAAUUCAUUCAGAACAACUCUUGCGAAGAAAAAGUCAUAGUACUAUGUAAAUACCUUGGAAAAUUUGGGGAUCUCAAAAUUUUAGUUGAUACCAUUUGCAGCCUUAUAGUUGAUAUCCCACAACAUAAAAAAGAAUUGUUCUUAUUACUAAACUGGAUAAUAAAUGUGCCUUUGAAAGAUUUUUCACUAUUGUCAAUCUAUAAUGAUGUUAUCAAUUUGUAUCUAACUCAUGAACAUUGGUAUCCGUCUAUUGACUGUUCUGAAAACACACCCUUGGGCAUUGCUCAAGCUAAUGUAGUACAGUGUUGCUUAUUAUUGGAAGGAUUGGGACUAAUCGCUCAAAACUUAAAACGAAAUUACGAUAGAUAUCUUCUUAAAACGUUAUAUUUAAUUAUUGAAAGAGCAGGUAGCAAACAUAGUUUGAUUAGUUUUGUUGGAACUCAAACUCUUGAAAUUAUUGCAAAAUCUCAACAGCAUGAUACAGUGGGUGAUCUAUUACGCACGAACGUGGACUAUUUUUCAUACCACGUAACAGUAAAAUUGCGUCGUGUAGAACGUAAUCCUAGUGUACUUGACGUUAUCGGAAUUGUCAUGAAGUAUAGUACAAUAGAUGUGUUACCUUGUUUAAAAGAAAUUGUAGAAGAUGUAUUUUUACAAUUGAAUAACAGUUUCCAAAAGAAAAAUUCACUUGCUUUUUUAAAAGUUUUUUUUACAUUCUCAAUAUGUAUAAAAAAAUUGGCCAUACCCCAACGUACUACAAUAACACAGGAACAAAAUACAAAGGCAGAAACUAAAUCGGAAAAAAUUAUUCAUUCUUUAUCAGAGUGUUAUGAAUCGGAAAAAGAAAUUGUUGAAGAAAUAGAGGAACCACCUAAUGAUACUAAUUUGGAUGAGAAAAUAUUAGAAGUGGAAAAUGAUCAAGUGGAUAUGACGAUGGAUAAUGAAGAAGAUCAGAAUCUACCUCCUUAUGUAAAAAUGAUUAAAGAUGUGAUGCAACAUUGUUUACAUUUUCUUUCAUCAAAGGAAGUGGAAAAAUCGCUACUUGCAUUGUCCACUUUACAAGAAGGUCUUGAAAUUUUAGCUGAAUGGGAAAAUCAAUUAUUACCAAUUGUACAUUUGCUAUGGCAUCCGUUGGUAGACCGAUUUCAAGAUGAAAAUGUAUUAAUAAUUAAUCGAGCAUGGCAAUUAUUAAAUGUCCUUGGUCAUGUUUCAAAAGAUUUCAUUAAAUUUAGAACUCUUAAGCAAGUUUUACCAGCACUUUCAAAGUUCUUAAAUGUAUCAGCAAAGGAAAGUUAUAAUAAGAAUACGGAAAAUAUUUAUAAAUUUACUCAAACUUAUAAAUUACAAAAAGAAUUACUUUCGUCACUGGG